GUCUGUGUUCAAGUUGAAGCCAGUCUGUAAAGUUUUCAACGGUUCUAAUUAUGUCUGACAAUGGACGAUGAAAACUGAGUUAACAAUAAAAAGCAAUGGCUUCUUCACUGACCCGUGGUCCUCCUUUUCUUUUCUUUUUCCCAUCUCAUUUCGAACAUCUAUCUUCAGUUUACGCCCCUUCCCCUCUGCCGAAACCCACCGCUUCCCCAGGCGAAACCAACGCCAUCCCCACCGCAAUAAACCAGCCCUGUGCUUUCAUCGUGGCUGUGUUGUACUCGCUGCAACAUUUUCGGCCCGCAGGUGAUACACUGAGACGGAGUUGGUGUACGUGGGGUCGGUGGAGCAUCAUAAAGAAAACCCACCACCACCACUGUCUGCAUCCAUCGCACCGCUGCCCCUACGACUACCAUUAUAUUCGCAGCCACCACGGCUCCUCAGACGAGGUCCUUCAAGCCAUACCAGCUACGCUCCUCUCAGCAAAGGCACCCACUGAAGGUCUGCCAUAACUUGUCAACUGGGGCAGGUGAGGAGGCAUCAUCAACUCGGUAGCCAGACAUGACAAGUGAAUCAGCCCAAGCCAUAGGUACAGUUAGAGAUAAUAUUGCAUUAUUGAUGUAGGCAACUAAGAGUGGCAAUUGAAAAUUAGUUAUUUAAAAAAUUAAUGUGAUGGUGUAGUUUGUAUUAAAAUGAUAAUUUUGUUUGGCUGUCGAGACAAACUACACCAUUACAUUAAUUUUUUAAGUAACUAAUGUUCAAUUGCCACUCUUAGCUGCCCACAUCGAUAAUACAUUCUCAUCUCUAAUUGCAAUUAUGGCUUGGGCUAAUUCGCUUGUCAUGUCUAACUAUCGAGAUGAUGAUGCCUCAUCACAAGAAAACAAUGUCUUGAAUGUUGGAACACCCAAAUGAGUAAUGCUACAUAGCGCAAACGCCAUGCAGUCAUUUUGAAGAGUGAGAUCUACUAUUAAAAAAUUAAUUUUAUGUGGGUUCCAUAUUUGCUCAUUUUAGAUUGCGUAAUGCUUACGCACUCGACGAUUCAAAUCAUUUCUCAAACGAUGGACAUCAAAACUUGAUUUUUGGGAUGUAGCCUCGAUUACAUGCGUCAAUACUAAGGGUACGUUUGGGUAGUGAGAAGUGUUGAGAAGAGUUGUGAAUAGUUGUGAGUAAAGAUUUGAGUGGGUUUAUAAGUCCCAUUGAAAGUAGUUUGAAUUAUUUGAAUGUAUGCUAAAUUGUUGAUUUGAAUAGGAAGUUGAAAAAGGUGGAGGUCUCAUCAAUGAUUAAAUUUGUUAAUAAUGAUGGUGAAAUAAUGAUUUUAUUUAUAUAUUAUAGUGAUAAA